UCGCGCGCGUAAACCCACCGCCAGCGAAUCGCAGCGGAAGACCAGCGCCUGAAUGGAAUAUAACCCGAGCUGGGACACAAGGCUUACUUAACAGAGGCAGGAGUUGGACGACUUGGAACAUGGCCAAGGCUAUGAUGACCGACCGGGAGCGCGAGGCGAUCGUCAGCAAUCUGACCAGGGAUGUCCUUUCGCUCAAGGAGAUGGUGCGCAGCAGGGAGAGCGAGCUGGUCAAGCUGCACCGGGAGAUACACAAGCUGAAGAGCGUGCUCCAGCAGACCACUAACCAUUUAAACGUGACCCGGCAGCAGUCUAAGAGCAAGCUCUACUCGCUGCCAGAGCAGUGUGGCGAGCAGGAGCAAGGCAGGGAUCCCCAUGUCUGUGGCUCCUGCGGCAUGGUGCUGCCCUCCAGUCCGGCCUUUGCCAUGGAGGCGCUCUCUUUGAGUCCGCUGCCCUCUUCUUCCUCCGUUGCAACGACUUCUUCGUCCCCAACAGAAGCUGCUGCUCCAGUGGAAGCUCCAGCGGCGGAUUUAAAACCCAAGGCUAUGCCUGCAGCCAUAAAGAAGCAGGGUGUCUCCGCCGAGAGCUGUGUGCAGUCCAUGCAGCAGUCCUACAGCAUACCCAUACCCAAGUACGACAAGGAUUUCAGCGACAAGCAACAGAUCAAGGACGCCAUUAUGGACAACGAUUUCCUUAAGAACAUCGAUGCCUCGCAGGUUCGGGAACUGGUGGAUUCCAUGUACUCCAAAAGCAUUGCCGCCGGCGAGUUUGUGAUCCGCGAGGGUGAGGUGGGCGCCCAUCUGUACGUCUCCGCCGCUGGGGAGUUCGCCGUAAUGCAGCAGGGCAAGGUGCUGGACAAGAUGGGGCCGGGCAAGGCCUUCGGAGAGCUGGCCAUCCUGUACAACUGCACCAGGACGGCGUCCAUAAGGGUCCUCAGCGAGGCGGCACGCGUGUGGGUACUCGAUCGUCGGGUCUUCCAGCAGAUCAUGAUGUGCACGGGCCUGCAGCGGAUCGAGAACAGUGUUAACUUCCUGCGCUCAGUGCCGCUGCUGAGGAACCUCAGCGAGGAGCUGCUGGCCAAGAUAGCGGAUGUCCUGGAACUGGAGUUCUAUGCCGCCGGCACCUACAUCAUCCGCCAGGGCACUGCCGGCGACAGCUUCUUCCUGAUCUCGCAGGGCAAUGUAAGGGUGACCCAGAAGCUGACGCCUUCGUCCGCCGAGGAGACGGAGCUGAGGACCCUGGCCCGGGGAGAUUACUUCGGCGAACAGGCGCUGAUCAACGAGGACAAGCGGACGGCCAAUAUUAUUGCCCUGCCGCCGGGCGUGGAGUGCCUCACCCUGGACAGAGACUCCUUCAAGCGUCUCAUUGGGGAUCUCUGCGAGCUCAAGGAGAAGGACUAUGGCGAUGAGAGCCGCAUGCUGGCCAUGAAGCAGGCCCGGCACAGCCCAGACGGGGAGGAGGCAAAGGAGCAGCAGCAGCUGCAGCAGGAGUUCCCCGACCUCAAGCUCACGGAUCUCGAGGUUGUCAGCACCCUGGGCAUCGGUGGCUUCGGCCGGGUGGAGCUGGUCAAGGCCCACCAUCAGAACAGGAUCGAUAUCUUCGCCUUGAAGUGCCUGAAGAAGCGGCACAUCGUGGACACCAAGCAGGAGGAGCACAUUUUCAGCGAACGCCACAUCAUGCUCAGCUCGCAGUCGCCGUUCAUCUGUCGGCUGUACCGCACCUUCCGGGACGAGAAGUACGUCUACAUGCUGCUAGAGGCCUGCAUGGGUGGGGAGAUCUGGACAAUGCUCCGCGACCGCGGCUCCUUCGAGGACAAUGCCGCCCAGUUCAUCAUUGGCUGCGUGCUGCAGGCCUUUGAGUACCUGCAUGCCCGAGGCAUCAUCUAUAGGGAUCUGAAGCCCGAGAACCUGAUGCUGGACGAGCGUGGCUACGUCAAGAUCGUGGACUUUGGCUUCGCCAAGCAGAUAGGAACCAGUGCUAAGACGUGGACCUUCUGCGGCACGCCGGAGUACGUGGCCCCGGAGAUUAUCCUCAACAAGGGCCACGACCGGGCUGUGGACUACUGGGCCCUGGGAAUCCUCAUCCACGAGCUGCUCAACGGCACUCCCCCUUUUAGUGCCCCCGAUCCCAUGCAGACGUACAACCUCAUUCUCAAGGGCAUCGACAUGAUUAACUUUCCCAAGCAAAUGUCCCGCUGGGCGGUGCAGCUUAUCAAGCGCCUUUGCCGCGAUGUGCCCUCAGAGAGGCUCGGCUACCAGACGGGCGGCAUUCAGGACAUUAAGAAACACAAAUGGUUCCUGGGCUUCGACUGGGACGGCCUGACCAGUCAGUUGCUGAUACCGCCCUUUGUGCGACCCAUUGCCCAUCCGACGGAUGUGCGGUACUUUGACCGCUUCCCCUGCGAUCCCAACGAGCCGCCGGACGAGCUCUCCGGUUGGGAUGCCGACUUCUAAGAGCCUACUAGCCUUACCCUAGACCUAGCCACGUUUUCGUUACAUUUAUUAGCUUUUUUCGGAGAAGGAGGAAAAAACCACAUACCAGAAGGCCAUCUCAAUAAACACACCCUACAAAUUCA